AGUCGCCAUAGCUGUGACACUCGUUCCUUUGUGCUUCACUGGACAAAGCAGUCAUCAGCUCCAAGAGUAGCUCCAGGCUAGGACCACGCCGGACGCAGGAACAGGCGGCCAGCAGAGCAGGCAGGGGUGCUGAGGACGGAGGAAGGUCGGGAGGCCGGGCACAGCUAAUAUCCUGAGCUCCCUGUGUCCUGGGCUUCUCAGUGGGCUCGAGAAAGGACUACCCCACCUCAGGAUGAACCCUCCUUCGGGGCCCAGAGCCCAGGAGCCCAGCUGUGUGGCCACCCCAGCCUCACCCAGCAGGUGGGACAGCUCCUGGAGCAGCACGUCCAGCGUGGGUCAAGCUCUGCCCAGCAGUCCCACGGCAGCCGGGGCUCGGGCUGCUGCCUGGGUCCCCUUCCCAACGGUGGAUGUUCCGGACCAUGCCCACUACAUCCUGGGCACAGUGAUCCUGCUGGUUGGGCUCACAGGGAUGCUGGGCAAUCUGAUGGUCAUCUAUACCUUCUGCAGGACCAGAGGCCUCAGGACACCCUCCAACAUGUUCAUUAUCAACCUCGCAGUCAGCGACUUUUUCAUGUCCUUCACCCAGGCCCCCGUCUUCUUUGCCAGCAGCCUGUAUAAGCGGUGGCUCUUUGGGGAGGCAGGCUGUGAGUUCUAUGCCUUCUGUGGGGCUGUCUUCGGCAUCACCUCCAUGAUUACCCUAACGGCCAUCGCUCUGGACCGCUACCUGGUGAUCACGCACCCACUGGCCACCAUCGGGAUGGUGUCCAAGAGGCGGGCAGCGCUUGUCCUGGUGGGCAUCUGGCUCUAUGCCCUGGCCUGGAGUCUGCCACCCUUCUUUGGCUGGAGUGCCUACGUACCCGAGGGGCUGCUGACUUCCUGCUCCUGGGACUAUGUGAGCUUCACACCUUCGGUCCGGGCCUACACCAUGCUGCUCUUCUGCUUCGUGUUCUUCCUCCCCCUGCUGGUCAUCAUCUACUGCUACAUCUUCAUCUUCAGGGCCAUCCGGGAGACAGGCCAGGCUCUCCAGACUUUCAGGGCCUGCGAGGGCGGUGUUAGGUCCCCCCGACAACGGCAGCGGCUACAGAGAGAGUGGAAAAUGGCCAAGAUUGAGCUGCUGGUCAUCCUUCUGUUCGUGCUCUCCUGGGCGCCCUACUCCACUGUGGCCCUGACGGCCUUUGCUGGGUACGCGCAUGUCCUGACACCCUACAUGAACACCGUGCCUGCUGUCAUCGCCAAGGCCUCUGCCAUCCACAACCCCAUCAUUUACGCCAUCACCCACCCCAAGUACAGAAUGGCCAUUGCCCAGCACCUGCCCUGCCUGGGGGUGCUGCUGGGCGUGUCAGGCCAGCGCACUGGCCCCUACACCAGCUACCGCUCCACCCACCGCUCCACACUGAGCAGCCAGGCCUCGGACCUCAGCUGGAUCUCUGGACAGAGGCGCCAGGCGUCCCUGGGCUCGGAGAGCGAGGUGGGCUGGACGGACACAGAGGCAGCAGCUGUGUGGGGGGCUGCCCAGCAAGUGAGCGGCCGAUUCCCCUGCAGUCAGGGCCUGGAGGAUAUGGAAGCCAAGGCCCCUCUCAGGCCUCAGGGGCAGGAAGCAGAGACUCCUGGGAAGGCAAUGACAAUGGCGACGGCUCCGUGGGACACGCCGGCUAAUUGUGAGCUGCCUCUGCACCCAGGCUGGGCCUUUCACUGACACGGGCAGCCCAGCACGGCAUCCCUGCGGCCCGCUGUGGAAGCCGAGCACAGACCUCACGCGCCGGGAGCUGUUGUUCCCCUCUCUCCCCGUCCCCGCUCCCGGAGUACUCUUUCUGCCAUGACCCACACUCUAGUGCACUCUCCUCUAGGAAUAUAUUUGCAUGCACCAAGCACACGCGUGCACACUCUGCACCUGGGGUCUGUCUCAAAUCAGUGGUCUAAGUUCAUACUGGGGCUGUAUGGCUCUGACAGUGUAUAGGAAAAUAAAAAGCAGAGAAG